AUGCAUCAACUACGAGAGAGUAUCGACUUAGUGCUUAGGUGUACACUGGUUAGUUCAACAAUAAUCAUAAUUUGGAAAAGUCUUAUGUUGUUAACUAACUGUGCAAAUCCUAUUAUCAUCUCGUUAAGUGUUGCUGUGGGACCGGCUUUUAAUAGUCGUGGUAAUUUUCUUCUGCUGACUAACUAUAGUACAGAAUUCGUUCGUGCUGGUGAUAUUGUUGUAUUUCGAAUUGAAGGUUUUGACAUUCCAACUGUUCAUCGAGUGAUUAAAGUACAUGGAAAAAACGAUGGUUAUGUAAAAUUUUUGACCAAAGGUGAUACCAAUCAAGUAGAUGAUCGUGGCCUUUAUUCGCCAGGGCAAUUGUGGCUUGAAAGAAAGGAUAUUAUCGGUAAAGUGAAAGGAUAUAUGCCAUAUAUUGGCAGCAUAUUCAUUUUAAUGCGUGAUUUUCCUCUACUAAACUAUUUCAUCUGGGUAAUGAUAGGCAUUUCCGUAUGGAUAGAUUUUCGUCCUGGUCAAUCAGCUUAUAAUAUAGUUGAAAGUCGUAUGGCUCCAUUAUCUCAUGAUUUAGCUGGUCUUAUAUUACCACAUGAGCAUUUUGGUUCACAUUUAAAUGAUUCAGGUGUAACAAUAAAUAUGGAUUUAGAAAAAUUAAAUUUUCGUAAAGCUGGACAAAUGUUAGCUGAAAGAUGGAAUAAAUCUAUUAUUGAUGGAUUUCCAUGUGUUGCUGAAUAUAUUAAUCCACCAAUAACAUCAGAAGAUGAACGUAGACAAGUUGAUAUUAAAACUGUUAUGAAUGAACUUUUACGAAGAGUUUGUGCUGAAGAAGAAGCAGAAGAAGGACAUGAAUUUCGUAUUCAUGCAUCGGAUGAAUAUUAUCAAGAAAAUGCUCGUAUACGAAAAGAAAACUUCAGUGAACAACCAAAAUAUGAUAUUGAUGAAUAUUGGUGUGCUAUACAUGUUUUACAAACACAAUAUACUUUACAAAUUAUUCGUUGUAAUUCAAUUGAAUGUUGUGGUCAAUGGCGUUCAAAUUAUGUUCGAGUAUUUCCUCAUCGAUUUUUACCAUCACCUGUACCAUUUGAACGUACAGCAUAUGGAAUUAGAAUGGCAGACAAAGAUUAUCAAAAAGGACAAUUUUAUGGAUCAUUAUUUCAACGAAUUCAAUUUCAUGGUAUUGUUAUUGAACAUACACAGAAUGAAAUGUUACCAUUUGAUUAUUGUUGUUCAUCAGUAAAAAAAGAACUAAAAAAACGUAUAUGUAAAGUAUGUAAUCAAUAUAUUCCAUCGGCAUAUCGUAUGAAAAGUCAUUAUAAAAUUCAUGCACAACAUCAGGAAGAUUUUGAUCAUAAUGAAGAUGAUACAUUACCAGCAACAACUGAUACACUAAUAGAUUCAAAUGAAAGUCAAUCUACAACAACAACAACAACAACAACAACAGCAGCACCUACACUUAAAACAGAAAUGUUAGAUUGGCUUCGAUCAGAUUUCGAUGACUGUAAUUUGGGUUCAGCAGCGAUUCAACUUGCAAGUUUUCGUGUUACAUGUUCGUUGGAAAGAUUACGUAUGGAAGAAAACAAUGAAUAUGACAAUAAAAUUUGUGUACAUGUAGAAUAA